CGUACCCUUUUUCUAACCAGACGAGCUCCUUCAAAGCGUUCCCAUCGGGUAGGUACAGAAGUAAGCGUUUUGUGGACUAAAACAUGCCAACCUAAAGCUUUUAGUGGAAGUCAUUUGGCUUCACAUGUUACGUCCCAGGCUUAUUUAGCUUAGAUUAGUUUAUUUUAGCUCGCUAGCCAAGACAGGCGCCUGUGGUUCUGCGCAUGCGCUAACGUUACAAACGGCCACGAAUGCAGUGUUUCCGAAGUAAACACAAACCCCGCGUGUUGGUGAGCUUUAUUUCUAAAAGAAGAAAAAUGCCCUUUGCUCAAGACAAAAAAAAAAACAAUUGCAAUGAAAAAUAUUUUAACAUGUAUUUUACGAAUCAAUUGCCUCAAUCAUUUUUUUCUAAUGAAAGGUUUUAAGAAGCUUUCAAGCGUUUAAUUUUCUCAAAUUAGAGCGCCAUGCAGAAAUCCAUAAAAUUGCAUAUUGUUUUGAAAAUUGUGAGUGAAAGAGUGACUUCCAGUCUGCCCGAUCCUUGACUCUUGCAUGAUCCUGCAGUCUUCGCAUGAAUCGGUGGCGCGGCUCCAAAGACGCUCUGCUCUUAAAACGCAUCCUGUUGAAAUUGGGGGCCAGUGGCAGAGGUGGGUAAGGUAGCUAAAAAUUAGACCAAAAUUAAGAGAAGCGUUACUUCCAAGUAAUAUUACUCAAGUAAAAGUAGUUAUCAAAAAAAUAUACUCAAGUAAAAAUGUAUUUGAUGAAAAUAAUACUCAAGUAUUCAGUAACAUUGUGAGUAACUGCUUACAAUGUUUGAUUUUUUUAUUUUCAACGCAAUGGUACUUCUUCUUUCAGCACAGUUAUCUAUAUGAACUCUUUUUAUUAUACUUUAAAAAAAAACAAAAAACAUUUAAUUACGGCGAGAGAAAUCAAAAUACAGGAAUAAAGCAUCAUUUGUUCAAAGAGCAUGAGGGCCCUCUAAUGGAGAAAAAAUAUUUCAAAUUAUGAAAAUAAAGGAUCAUAUCUCUGGUUUUCCGGAGUCAAUUGGCGCCAAAUAAAAAUUCUGAGAGCGGUUUAAAUAUGAGUUUUUGAGUCAUGUUUACAGCAGCGCUCUAUGGCCAUUCACAGCUGUGUCUUGACACUCAGUGAUACAUGCGACAUGGAGUUUUUGGAGCGAAACAAGUGUCCCGCAGACAUCAGAGUAGAAGAUCUUCACCCUGAGAACCCCCCCCCCCCCCCCCUCCACACACACACGCCAAACAGGAGUCUGAGAUGCCGUACUUCAAAGAGGAGGCAGAGACGGAGACAUUCAGCAUUAAAGAAGAAGAACAGGAAGAUGAAAUCACCAAGUUUCCAAUGACCAUCAUUGUGAAAAGCGAAGAAGAUGAAGUGAAAAGCGAAGAGAGCGAAGAGAGCGAAGCAGCGAAAUCUCCGAGCCUCAGCUUGCUUCAGCACCUAACAAAAGGUGAGGGACGAUUGCAACCGGAUGGCAUCUUAGCUCAGCACUCGGACAGCGACGACGUGACAUCACACUCAUCUGACUAUAACACUGAUGAGGAUUUUGACUUUGACCAAAACUCUUCGAAAUCCUUAAACAAGUUAUCAUUGAGAAGAGACACAAAAGAACACGCGGGUGGGAAACCUUUUCCCUGCUCGAUUUGUGAUAAAAGAUUUUUUCUGAAGAAAUAUUUAAGGACGCACAUGAGGACACACACUGGCAAAAAGCCGUUCCACUGCUCAGUUUGUGGUAAAAGCUUCAGUCAGAAGGCAACUUUAAACAGUCACACAAGAACACACACUGGAGAGAAGCCAUUCGCCUGCUCACUUUGCGAUAAAAGAUUUAGUCGGAAGCAACGUUUAACAACACACAUGUGUACACACACUGGAGAAAAGCCUUUUCCCUGCACAUUAUGUGGAAAAAGAUUCACUUCAAAGGGAAAAUUUGACAGUCAUGCAAGAAUACACACUGUAGACAAGUGUUUCACCUGCUCACUUUGUGAUAAAAGAUUUUGUGAAAAGUAUUUGUUAACAAAUCACAUGGAUACACACACGGGAAUAAAGCUUUUUCGUUGCUCAGUUUGUGGGAAAAGCUUCCAUCAGAAGGCAAGUUUAAACAGACAUGCAAUAACACACACUGGAGAGAUGCCUUUCGCCUGCUCACUUUGCGAUAAAAGAUUUGCUAUGAAACAUUACUUAACAAGACAUAUGUAUACACACACAGGUAUAAAGCCUUUUCCCUGCUCAGUUUGUAGUAAAAGGUUCCGUCAGAAGGGAGCUUUAAACAAACACGCAAGAACACACACUGGAGAGAAGCCUUUUACCUGUGAAUUUUGUGGUCAUAAAUUCGCCAGUAAGGGAUCUUUAAUCAAACACACAAGAACACACACUGAAGAGAAGCCUUUCGCCUGCUCACUUUGCGAUAAAAGAUUUUGGACAGAGCAUGAGUUGACAACACACAGGUAUACACACACAGGAAUAAAACUGUUUCCCUGCUCAGUUUGUAGUAAAAGCUUCUGUCAGAAGGGUGAUUUAAUCAGACACGCAAGAACACACACUGGCGAGAAGCCUUUCGCCUGCUCACAUUGCAAUAAAAGAUUUAGUCUGAACCAUUCUUUAACAAGACACAUGUGGACACACCCUGAAGGAAAGCCUUUUGCCUGCUAAGCUUGUGAGAAAAUAUUCACCAGCAAGGCAAAUUUAAACACACAAGAACAUGCACUGGGGGAAAAAAACCUGUCAAUGGCGUACUGCAAGCAACACGUCACUUUUGCUCAUUAAUAUUCAUAAUGUUAGCAAUUGUGGCUAGUAGGGUCAACCUCACUUUUGUCCCAAAUAGUAAAUGAAUGGUAAUAGUUUACAAACGAGAUGUUUACUGAGCAAAACCUACCAAUUCUGUCUGAAAAUGAUGUCCCUGGAGCCAAAUUCACUGGUAAAAAUGUGGAAGAAUAUACACAUGUUCAGUUAAAGAGAUCGCUUGAGAGUCGAGGGCUGAAAAAGACAGGAAAAAGAACCGACCGGAGAUUUAGCCUUUUUUAUCGACACCUUUUUCUUGUGUGCAUUGCCUUACGCACUGACGAUGACAUUCUCCUGCUUUGUGUGCAUUGCCUUACGCCACUGACAAUGAUAUUCUCCUAUUUUAACAAUCUAUCCUUUACCACCAUAUGCCCUGUCUUUCUUAUAUAUUAUAUCCUCUGGUUUUCUUACAUCUAUCCUUUACCACCAUAUGCCCUGUCUUUCUUAUAUAUUAUAUCCUAUAUUCUUACAUCUCUGACCAUUCUUGGGGGCAAUUUACAUUGCUAUUUUUGUGUAGCGAUCGCAAAUGCUACUCAGUGACAGCCAAUGAACACUUUUAAUUUUUUCAUUCAUAAUAAAUCUUAAUUCUGUAAUUUAUUUACACUUCCCCUUACUAAAGUUUUUGGUUUCGGGAAACGUAUGAGGAACACAUCCUUCAUAUGUCGUAAUGUCUAGGGUUGUUUCUACAAGUUCCAUAACAGCAGUGUUUCAUCGGCAUGUUCUUUUUUGAAAGAUUACCGGAGAAAACAAGCAGAAAUAACGUAGUUUGUAUGCGAGGGCGAGUCUAUAAUGUCCCACUUCGGCGUUACCAUUGCAACAUCACGGUCUAAAAAUGGCAUUCGUGCUGUAUGCUAUUGCAGUGUGUGACAAAAUGUUCUUAUUCCUGACAUAAAUUUCCUGUAGAAAAUUUCCAUUUCCUAAUACGAUUUCUUCCCAGCCUGUUUUGAAAAACUUGUUCAAAUGAUUUUGCUGGUCCUGUUGUUUUGCAGAACUAUCCAAAAUAUUGGAAUUUUUUAUUUUUUUUUAUUUUUUAAAUGUCAUGAAUUUUUACAUUUCUUCCGAAUUUUCUCUAUUUCACUUCUGAAUGUUGGUGUUUGAAACACUCUGAUGCCGCCUUUCCCUUUGUUGUUGUUUGUUAAAUUUUCAAACUUUAUCUGAAUAGUUUCAGGGAAGAUGUUUUGAUUUGUCUUGUGCAUUGUAAUAUUUUGCUCACUGUUAUCCUUUUCAUUAUUACUAUUAAAUAUUUGCUACAUUGCAGAAUUUUUUCUUUACAUCCUCUCCUGUGAAGUAUUGAUAUAUCAAUAAACUUUGCAUUGUAUUCAUUCUCCUAUUUCAAUAAAAUUGCACAAUUAUUGAAUCUUAGAAGGAGCUUCAAGUCCCAUCUCCGGCAUAACUUCACUGUGGAAGUUUGGGGGACAUCUAAUCCGAGUGGACCAUGUUCCGCUCCAGUGAUGUUUUUGUCAAUGAUGACGACAACGAAAAUUUUUCGGCAACGAACAACAUUUUCAUGACGUUGACAAGACCAUAAUGAGCUAAAUUCAUGUUUUUGCAGACUAAAACAUAAGACGAAUGCUAGUUUUUGUCUGACGAGAUGAGAAUGAGAUGAAAAUGCUCAAUAGUUUCCGCCACAUGUUCACAAUGUAACAUUUUACGCGUAGUUUGCCUGCGUCUUAGCAGAGUCUGGUUGGAUUUUUUUUUUUUAAUUAUUAUAAUUUGCUUGUGCCGUGUGAUUGUGAUUUGGACUUAGAUAUAGAUUUAUUAACAGACUCAAUAUAUAAAGUCCUUUUACAAACGAAAAUUGGCUGGAUUUCAUCAUUUAAAUCUUUUUUUACCCUUUAUUUUUUCGUUGUUUUUGUUGUGGUUGUUGUUGCUGCUGUUUUUUUUAGUAAUUCUGCUCAAUCUAUCACAUAUUUCUUGGAUGAUUAUAUUUGAAUGCCUUGUUUUGUUUCAUUAA